AUGAAACCUUACUCAGGAGUAUAUGAAAAUGGAAAUUGCAAAAGAAUUUUUAAUUAUCGACUUUCUAGAGCACGCAGAGUAGUUGAGAACGUGUUUGGAAUUAUGGCCUCAGUUUUCCGUGUAUUUAGAGGACCUAUACUUUUAGAGCCAGAAAAAGUUAGAGAUAUAACAAUGACUUGUGUAUUGUUGCAUAAUUUCUUAAGGAAAAGCAGAUCAUCAAAUUCCAUAUACACACCACCUGGAAUUUUCUAUACUGAAAAUAAUGAUGGAAUUGUAAUACCAGGUUCUUGGAGGACUGAGCAAAAUUGUACCAAAUCUAUGUUUCCAUUACAAAGAGUACCGAGAAAAUCUGGACUUGGAGCAAAAAUGGUUAGGGAUCAGUUUGCUGAAUAUUUUAUGACAAGCGGAACGGUGGAAUGGCAAGAAAAUGCUAAAUAA